AUGCAGAUCCUUUCCAUCGUUCUUAGCUGUCUGGAUUUGAUGCCAUACGACGCUGGUAUUUAUCUAUUGGUAACCAAGAGUGCAUUUACAUCAGUACAUGACAAGUGGUUUGAUGUCAAACCUGUCAUUUGUUCUUUAAUCAAAGGAGAUUGUAAUAUUUGGCUGUUGGAUAUUGCCUUGACAAAUCGACAUUUGGUUCUGUUGACAAACCGUGGACUUUUUAUAAGCCAUAGCAUGCUGUUCCAACCAGGAGAGGACGCACAGGUUUGGUAUUCAAAGGAUGGUGGAAAUUCAUUUGAUGUAUUAAUCAAAUUGAAAAAUGAAUAUGUCAUCAAGGCAGUUGCAUGUCCUUAUUCCUAUACAGUGAUUUUCAUAACUUCCGCCAACAAUAUCUAUUAUACUAAGCCAGGCUUGUCCAAAUAUGCCUUAUUUAACUAUUGGGAUAGACGGACAAUGGCUUUCUCCUGUGAUCAUUGUGGUAAUAUAAUAAGAAUAUUCUCAAAUGAAAGUACUCCAACUGGCUUGAGUGUGGAAUUUAUUGAUCACAAGUCAUUAAUUGCGAUUGAUAAUGCAGGCUUCUCAAGACCUCUUGCACUACAGUAUGUCACCAGAUUAAAAGCAUUAUUUUUUGAACACAUUUCUUGGAUUGAAAAUGACGUGGAUUCUGAACCCAUGUUUUCCUCUGCUCAUGUUGGCAAGCUCUUAAAACUAAGUUCAGUGGGCAGUGCUGAAAUAACAGAAGUUCACAAAUAUAGAGGAUCUCAGCAUUUCUUGGCUGUUGCCAUUGCAAGGAUUGUUGUUCCAUAUCACGCAGAACCUUUUUACAGAAGGACUUUAAUGAACAAGCUGCUUAUUGUUAAAAAAGGGGAUAUGUACCAUCUGGAAUUAUUGGAUGCUGAAUAUGGCUUUAUUGCUGAUGAUUUCGAGAAAACGGUGGUUGUUCCUGGAUACAGUAGUUUUCUGAUAGUUCGAGUUUUUAGCACUAAUUUAGUAAUCGCACAUGGUACAAUGCCAGAACAAACUCCAGACUAUUUCAUAGUUGAAGAAAGACAGUGGUUUAUGUUUGACUUUGGCUCAAAGAGUGGCACAUGGUCUAUUGUUGAAAAUGAGUGUGUCAUGUCUACUGAGGAACAGAACAACCUUAUACCAAAUCCUAUUCUAUUUCUUGAUAUUAAUGAUUCUUACCAGUUGACAUUUGAUUUGUCAAGCAUCGGAUUUGCUGGUUCAAAAACAUUUGAAGUGGUCAUUGGAAAUCAGGUCCUGCUAGAUACAGAUUCUGAAACUUACUAUGAUAAAACUGGCAGAGGUGUCAUAAUUCAUUACAUUAGAAACAAAUUUAAUGUCAGGAGUGGACACUGGAAACUGGCAGCUGGGAGACGUGAUCACCUAGCAGCCAACUGA